GUGGCGCUUCUGCGUCGGUCUGACCCAGUGUGUGAGAGUGUGUUUGAAUGAGUGUGUGUGCGCGCUGUCAGCAGUGACAUUCAUUUGUUUCACUGGUUUGGAAUAAAUGACAAGCUUCAAAAUUUGGAUAUUUACAUGAACCAGCGAUGCCCUGUGUGCAAACCCAGUAUGCAUCCCUGCCCCAUGACACCUACUUCAGCUCUGAGUUCUUGAAUCCUGACCACAGCACUAAACUGGUGAUGGACAUCAGUGGCCAAAAGGACCAGCUGUCUACGUCUUCGUUGCCCAGCAUCAACACAUUAGUGGGAAAUGGCUAUGUUAGGGAGUUUGAUGCCUAUUCCUGUAAGAUUACCACCUCUCCUCCCGCCUCUACAGUUUCAUUCAACCAUACCACGGUAGCCGAAAGCUCCAGCGCUCAGAUGCAGAACCAAGCCUUCAAGCUGGAUGAUCUCCAGGUGUACGGUUGUUACCCAGGCUCCUUUGCGCUCAGCUGCCUCGAUGAAACACUGUCGUCAUGUGGCUCAGACUACUAUGCCAGCCCAGUCUAUGCUACCGUCUCUCCUCCAACACCGGGCUUUCAAAGCCAGUCCGCACCUGUCUGGGAUUCCCCUUUCAGCCCCUACCCCUCAGCUCUCCCAUCCUCUGGGACUGAUAAGGCUGCCAUGGCGCAGCAGCUCUCCUUUUUCACCUUCAGCCCCACACCAGAGCAGCACUCUCCCCUGGGCCAACAUCAGGAUGCUCAGCUAGGCCAGGAUGACCCAUUCUUCCUGUCCUCUCAGCAGCAUGUCUCUCCACUUCACUGUCCCCCCAUGUCCCUGGAGCAUGGACCCCUUGAAAGCCCCAGGAUAGUAGAAGGAACCAUGACAUCUCCUAAGAAUCAUAACCCAGGAUCCAGUGAGGGUCGGUGUGCAGUUUGUGGUGACAAUGCAUCAUGUCAACACUAUGGAGUCCGCACCUGCGAGGGCUGCAAAGGUUUUUUUAAGCGAACUGUACAGAAAAAUGCAAAGUAUGUGUGCCUCGGGAAUAAAGACUGUCCAGUGGACAAGAGGAGGAGAAACCGCUGCCAGUUCUGUCGUUUCCAGAAAUGUCUCACAGUGGGGAUGGUCAAAGAAGUUGUUCGCACAGACAGCCUCAAAGGCCGACGGGGUCGUCUGCCCUCCAAACCCAAGACUGUGGCCGAGGCUUCAUCCACAACCCCCAGCGUGAAUAUCAUAUCCUCUCUCGUCAGGUCACAUUUAGACUCAAACCCAACUAUUGGAAAGCUUGAUUACUCCAAGUACCAGGAGACAGUGGACAACCUGAAAGAAAAGGAGGAUGCUCAUGACAUCCAGCUGUUUUAUGACUUGCUGAGUGGUGCUUUGGAUGUGAUCAGAAACUGGGCUGAAACCAUUCCAGGAUUCACAGACUUCUGCACAGAGGACCAGGAGCUGCUCCUCGAAUCUGCCUUUGUUGAGCUUUUCAUUCUUCGACUAGCAUACAGGUCAAAUCCCGAGAAGAACAAGCUGAUCUUCUGUAAUGGUGUGGUCCUCCACCGACUGCAAUGCGUUCGCAGUUUUGGCGACUGGAUUAACUCCAUCAUGGAUUUCUCCCAGAGCCUUCACCGCAUGAACUUAGACAUCUCUUUGUUUGCCUGUCUUGCAGCACUUGUCAUCAUCACUGAUCGCCACGGCCUCAAAGAGCCCAGACGGGUCGAGGACUUUCAGAAUAAUCUCAUCACCUGUUUAAGGGAACACGUGAGUGGAAACGGAUCAGAAAUGAGCAGGACCCAGCCCAACUACCUUUCCCGUCUUCUGGGCAAGCUCCCCGAACUAAGGACUCUGUGUACACAGGGCCUGCAGCGUAUCUUCUACCUGAAACUAGAGGACCUGGUCCCCCCUCCACCAAUUGUGGAGAAGAUCUUUAUGGAUACUCUGCCGUUCUGAAACAACAUAAAUAGACGUGUUAUAUAUACAAGAUGACAGUUGAAAUGGUGGCUGGAAGCACCUAAUAAGAGGUUUUAUCACUGAACUCAACUGGUGAACCUCCUUUUAUCCUACUGACAUGUGAGAUGACAAAUAUCUGACAUUGUUCAAGAGACCAUUAUUUUUUUAUCAUUAUGUUGUAAAACCUGAGUGCAUAAAGAUUUAUUUCAGUUCAAUGAAAGGCAGAGAUGGGGCUGAAAUUGUACUGAGACUUCAGGACACAUUUUAUAUAUACAUUUUUGUGUGCAUUUGUACAAUGACUUUUUUUUUGCUGUGCUAAAGACAUGGAUAUUUGGGUAGAUGCAAUGCAGUGUUACGUACUUAGAAACACACUAAUUUCUUAAAAAGCCCACUAGAAAAACGCAGACAGAAUCGCAUGUCCUGUUUCUUAAAACAAUUUGUGGAACCCUAAUUUUCAAAAGGGAAAUAUUUACUAAUUUCUUUGUAUCACAACAGAUCGUUUUAGUGCUAAUCAUACUCUUGUUGAAGGUCUUGGACCAAAGUUUAUGCUUAUUUUGAUACUACCAAUUACAAACCUUAUUGCCUUAAUCCCGACAUCUUUUCCUAUAUUUCUUAUGCUGCCAUUUUGCAACAUUUUGUAAAGGCAGAUGCAGGCAGAGCUCCUGUUGAACUGCAUACCCCUGUAAUACCACACCUCUUAGUCUUUUGAGAACAAAAUGGACUUGCUGAAUGAGAAUGCAAAGUGCCUUUAUAAAGCCUUAGUCUAUGAAGCAUACUAAGUGACACUAAAUGAAUUUUCAAUCCAAACAUCACAUACAACUCCCCAUCUGUUAGACACAUGAAAACAUUAACUUCUGUGUCACCACCAGGUUAUAUGGUGAACUUAUAAUGGAAAAAUAUGAUUUCAGCUCCGUGCCAGCUUUUAUGAAGUGUCCUUAGGCAUGUCAGUGUCAGGACUAUCUGACAAAGAGCAUGCAAUACUUGAAUGUACACUUCACACUGCUAAGGGCAUCAAGUGACGACAGGUGGUUUAAGAUCCAUAAGGACUAAAUCCUCUUCACGUUCCUGUGGCAGUGAAAGUUAUUACAUUAGAGCUGUCCAGCUUGAGAUGAUAUUAAGUCGAAGCACAUUUCAAAGUUUCUAAAAUUAGAUACAGUAUUUCAUUUUUCUUAUUUGAUACAUGGAUAAAACCCCAAAAUGCUUGAAAAUUAUUAAGCACAAUCAAACAUUUCAGGCAUGACAUCAGCUGCUUUCUUUGGUUUCUUUCCUGUCAUUACAUACAAAUACAUCACCCUUCAUGUGUUUUGAACCGCAGCACUGCGUGUUUGUAAAACUCUCUUCCAUGUUGUUCUGAAUUAUGCAGCUUUUUAAAAUGUUUUUUGGAAUUUUUUUUUAUUUUCAUCUCAAAGAAAAGAAAUAUAGUAACUUAAGGAAUCACAGUGAAAUGUGAUGAGAAGAUGAGCAGCUAUAGCACUUCAAACAGUGCUCAAACAAUACGACGAAUACUUCGUUCUCCCACUGUAGACUAUAUGUUUUGUUUAGGAUGUGUGUUUACUCUGACAGCACUGCCAGGACUUUCAUGAAAAGGUGCAAAAGUACUCAGAGUCAGAAGAUUUGAUAAUAAAUGUUUGUAGAAAUGU